AUGGAGCACACAAAAGGAAUGACUUUAGAGACUGCACAAUUUGGGCAAGAAUACGUGUUGAAAAACUACCUGAUCCACCAAAAGUUGCAACAAACUCUCCCCACCUGGAUGUUUACGGGGUUUUUGUCGACGGAGCGGGCAAUUCCGGCCAUCCUGAUCUGUUGUCUUCUCCUGAGAGCCGGAAUUGAACCAAAUCCAGCCCCCCAUGAAUCUAAGCUGUCAAAAAGUUCCAAAAUGCCAAUCUUCAGGGUUCACGCAAUUUACCGCAAGGACCGAGGAAAUAGUCGAAGGGGUGGUCUUAUUACACUCAUCCACAACAGCAUUCCCUUCAGCAUAAUGUCACUACCUGAUACUCCCACAAUUGAGAGUCAGGACAUCAAAAUCAACGCGGGCGGCACAGAUAUCAACAUUGUCGACAUCUACAUUCCCCCUCAAUCGGUUUGCACAACUGGCUUCUCAGCUUCAAUUUUGCAAUUCCUAUCAAUAUCAAACGUCGUCUUGUUGGGAAACGUAAAUGCACAUAAUUCCCUGAGGUAUUCGAGUCUGGAGGACACUCGGGGAGAAGCCCUAGCCAGUGAAAUCGAAAAUUCUGGCUGCGACACGCUCAACCUGGAUACCCCAACGCGUCUCCCAACAUUCGGCCAACCCUCAUCACCAGAUAUCUCUGUCGCCUCGGACACGUUGAUUAUAAACAUGGAAUGUGAGGAGCCAAUGAUUUACCAGCUGCAGCCCCAGAUGACGGCAUUAUACAAGACGAUCCUGAGCAAGCUUGUGAAAACAGAGUUAUAUGAAGAAAAAGUUUUGGACGAGGGAAAAAUGUUAGUGUUUGUGCCAGUGUGUACAUUGAACAUCAAGGAGAUGUUAGGAAUACCCUCUUUGGGUUGUUGA